GGGGAAGUACAAGAAGUUCCUCUAACGUGGAUUUUACGCAGCGCGGACGCAUGGCACAGCCGGACCGGCGCCACAGGAUGAUGCCUUUACCGACUCUGUGCCACUUUUGAGAGAGAAGGAGGCAGAGAAGGAGGCAGAACGCGGAGGAUACUUAUGGUGUAGCGCCAGGGUGCCACAGCCGGCCGUGUCUCCUCUCCAAACGGUGCGCUCUCCCCCCGUGGCCCGACCGAGAAAUGGGAUGCAGAAGCGCGCUGGGAUGCUGCCUGCUCGCGGCGUUGUCCUGUUGCCUCCCUCCGGGCUGCCGAGGUAACAUCACCGUGGCCGUGAUGCUCCCGGACAACCACCACAAGUACCCGUGGGCUCUGCCGCGCGUCUUCCCGGCCAUCCUCAUGGCGCACGAAGACCUGCACGGCAAACACAAGCUGCUGCUCGGCCGCUCCAUCAACAUCCUCAACUACAGCACCGAGGACCCCGUGGCGGGCUCCUGCGCAGUCAGCCGGGCUCAGGUGGUGGCCGUGGACGCCAAGCUCUACAUCCGUCCGGACGCGUUCUUCGGACCCGGGUGCGUGUACCCGCUCGCCUCCGUGGGGCGUUUCGCGUCCCACUGGAAGCUCCCGCUGUUCACGGCCGGUGGACCUGCGUACGGCUUCGACAAGCGGGAGGAGUACCGGACCAUCGUGCGCAGCGGGCCGUCCACCACCAAGCUCGGAGACUUCGCCAACGUCCUGCACACGCACUUCAACUGGACGUCCCGCGCCGUGGUGAUCUUCCACGACCUGCGGCAGGACGACCGGCCGCACUACUUUCUCUCUGAGGGGAUUUUCCUGAACCUGAAGGAGGAGAUGAACGUCACGGUGGAGGCCCAGCCGUACGAGGACGACUUCAAGUACUACAAGGACCUCAUUACUUUUAUGAAGGAGCGCGGAAGAAUCGUGUACAUCUGUGGGCCCCUGGAGACGUUCCUGAACAUCAUGAAACUGUUCCAGAGUGAGAUCCAGGACCCAGAAAACUACGCUAUCUUCUAUCUGGACGUGUUUGCCGAGAGCUUGGCGGAUCGCAAACCGUGGCAAAACACUGAGUCCGACUGGGCCGACCCCAUCGAGGUCUUCAAGUCUGUCUUCGUCAUAACGUACCGGCCUCCUGAUAACCCAGAAUACAAAGACUUUCAGAGGAAACUUCACGCCAGAGCUCAGAAGGAUUUCGGUGUCCAUUUGGAGCCGUCGUUGAUGGACUACAUCGCCGGCAGCUUCUACGACGGUUUUGUGCUGUACGCCAUGGCCUUGGAGGAGACGCUGGCGGACGGCGGGGCCCAGAACGACGGCAUUAACAUCACAAUGCGGACACAGAACCGCAAUUUCUGGGGAGUGACAGGGCUUGUUUCUAUGGACGACAAAAAUGCCAGAAAUAUAGACGUGAACCUGUGGGCGAUGACCAACCAGCAGACAGGAGAGUACGGGCUUGUCGCCUACUACAACGGGACCACCAAAGACAUCAUCUGGUCUCAGAUGGAAAAGAUCCACUGGCCCAGCGGCGCUCCACCUCUGGAUAACCCUCCCUGUGUCUUCUCAACAGACGACCCCUCCUGCAACGACGGUCAUCUGCCAGUUCUGGGUAUUGUAGCUGUGGGUUCUGGCUUAGCGCUUAUCAUAUUUGGAAUCUCCAGUUUCCUGAUUUACAGGAAACUGAAGCUGGAGAAAGAGCUGGCUGGAAUGCUGUGGAGGAUUCGGUGGGAGGACCUUCAGUUUGAGAGCCCCAAUAAAUACCACAAACGGGCUGGCAGCCGGCUAACCCUCUCGCAGAGAGGCUCCAGCUACGGCUCCUUGAUAACUGCCCAUGGAAAAUAUCAGCUAUUUGCAAAAACGGGCUAUUUUAAGGGAAACCUGGUGGCCAUCAAGCACGUCAACAAGAAGAGGAUAGAGCUGACCAGACAAGUUUUACUGGAACUCAAGCAUAUGAGAGACGUUCAGUUCAACCAUCUAACCAGGUUCAUCGGGGCCUGCAUCGACCCUCCCAACAUCUGCAUCGUCACCGAGUACUGUCCCAGAGGCAGCCUGCAGGACAUUUUGGAGAAUGAGAGCAUCAACCUGGACUGGAUGUUCCGCUAUUCGCUGAUCAAUGACAUCGUGAAGGGGAUGAACUGUCUCCACAACAGCUACUUCGGCUGCCAUGGAAAUCUGAAGUCAUCUAAUUGCGUGGUGGACAGUCGAUUUGUUUUGAAGAUUACGGAUUAUGGUUUGGCCAGCUUCCGUUCGUCCUGCGAAAACGACGACUCGCACGCGCUCUAUGCAAAGAAGCUGUGGACGGCUCCGGAGCUGUUAAUAUACGACCGCCAUCCUCCUCAGGGGACCCAGAAGGGCGACGUGUACAGCUUUGGCAUCAUCCUGCAGGAAAUAGGUCUGAGGAACGGACCUUUCUAUGUGGAGGGCAUGGACCUCAGCCCCAAAGAGAUCGUCCAGAAGGUGAGGAACGGUCAGAAGCCGUACUUUCGGCCGACAACGGACAACAGAUGCCACUCAGAGGAGCUGACCAUCCUGAUGGAAGGCUGCUGGGCCGAGGACCCGGCCGAGAGGCCCGACUUCGGCCACAUCAAGAUCUACAUGGCCAAACUCAACAAGGAGGGCAGCACCAGUAUUCUCAACAACCUGCUGUCCAGGAUGGAGCAGUACGCCAACAACCUGGAGAACCUGGUGGAGGAGCGAACACAAGCCUACUUGGAGGAGAAGCGGAAAGCUGAAAACCUCCUCUAUCAAAUAUUACCACAUUCAGUAGCAGAGCAGCUAAAAAGAGGAGAGACGGUGCAGGCAGAAGCCUUCGACAGCGUCACGAUUUACUUCAGCGACAUCGUGGGCUUCACAUCCAUGUCUGCGGAGAGCACGCCGCUACAGGUUGUCACUUUGCUCAACGAUCUGUACACGUGCUUUGACGCCAUCAUCGAUAACUUCGAUGUAUACAAGGUGGAGACCAUCGGCGACGCCUACAUGGUGGUGUCGGGGCUGCCGGUGAGGAACGGGAAGCUCCACGCCAGAGAGAUCGCCGGGAUGUCGCUGGCUUUGUUAGAGCAGGUCAAAACGUUCAAGAUCCGACACAGACCCAACGACCAGCUGAGACUCAGGAUAGGGAUCCACACAGGUCCGGUGUGCGCCGGUGUGGUUGGGCUGAAAAUGCCCAGAUACUGUUUGUUUGGAGACACUGUCAACACAGCAUCCCGAAUGGAGUCCAACGGAGAGGCCUUAAAAAUCCACGUUUCCUCGGCCACCAAAGAAGUGCUGGAUGAGUUCGGCUACUUUGAUCUCCAGUUACGAGGAGACGUAGAAAUGAAGGGCAAAGGCAAAAUGAGAACGUAUUGGCUUCUUGGGGAGAAGACUGAUGUGUAUGUUAUCUGAGAGGCCUGCUGAUAAUGUGGCAGCAGCAGCAGCGGUGGAGGCGACAGCAGAAGCUCCGCUACUUUAUUUGUUCUAGAAUAAGUCCUUAAAUGGUGAUUUCCCUGCCGAGGAAAGGUGAACGACACCGCAAAAAAAUACAUAAAAACAACAGCAACCCAGAGGGAAUUCCAGGUAUAUUUAUUACCUGCAUACUGUAAAUGCAAAAAAAAAAAAAAAGAAAAAAAAAAUGUAAAAGUUGUUUUUGUAUGAAGAAUUUCUGUCCUAAGAGUGGGUACUUUUCACGGAUAAAUUCUUAUUUUUUGUGCUUUCUAUAUUAAGAUUUGUAUAAUGUGUUUGGAAGUCAAUGAUGUCUUACUAUUUCCUUAAAAAAUACAAAUAAAAAAACACAUCCAUUGAAGUUUUGGAGGCACAGCGCUGCAAUCAGUGUCACUGCAGGGGUUCAUCGACCGCGUUACACAGUACAAGAUAAUAUGUAUAUAUGUAUAUCCAAGAUACUGUAAAAUAUUUUGUUCAAUAAACUGAGUAAAACCCUC